AUGGCUGCCUCAGUCUAUGCAACACCACCACCCGAUCUAAGCGGCGAAGAAGCGGUUCUGAGCGAUGCAUCGAAUUCUUCGCAAACCAAUAGCUCUCACAGUUCCACUCUGAAAGCGUCCAAGCGCACGCUCUCAUCAUCGUUCCUGAAUGCAGCAACAACUCAAAGCAGUACGUUGACCACUACCUCACAACUCAGUUCCGACUCGUUACCAGAUCUCUCCAAGAAGCGUCGUAAGCAAUCGAUGCCGAUUCGAUUUUCGGCCAACGGUACGGCUAUUGAAAUACCAGCGACCGGUGGUGCCGACACGGUAGUUGAUAUCGAUGAACGUUCUCAGGACGGAGCUCGCGGUAAUGAUCACGAUGACGUGGCCGAAGGAGAUCAGGAGCGAGCUGAAACCGAUUGCUCACCGAACCCCACCAGUCCAGCGAUGGAAAAUGGCGACGAUGACGGAGCAGCACUGCUGGAAGAACAGCAGAACAACUUUCAAAAGAUAUUCCUAUCGAACCUUAGUCAAUUACAGCAAAAACACCUACAAUUGCAGCAACAGAACACUGAAGGGUUUCUGGGUUUGGGCAAUCCGGGUACUACACUUUCCGAGAACUUUCUGACCUCUAAACUGAACAGUUUCAUUGCUAUGAGCGGCGCCCGAGCUGAUCGUGAAUCGUCCUCCCUUCCCAGAAGCGACGACGAGCAGGAAGGGAACGAAGAUCGCGCGCAAUCGAUCCCAGAGGAGUCAGACGGAAGAGAUAAAAGUCGUGAUCAGUCUCCUGUUACCAAAAAUGUCGCAUCCUCCGAAGGUGCUCUGAAGCCUCGGGAAACCAACCCAGAAGGAAAUACACUGCCGUUAGCGGGAUCGACGAUGAAUCCUGUGACGAAAAGUGAUGAAAAGGUAGCCGAUCAUCAAUCUACUUCCAGCAGUCCACCCAAGAUUUCACUCAAAAAAGAACUCAUGAUGGACCCGGAAUGGGAUGGCGAAAUUCGUAGCAACUUUCCGAAGGCGGAUGAUUGGAUAUCGAUCGCCGGACUGUCCUUCCCGUUCCCGCCCGAAGCUGCCGCGGCCCUGUCCGCCUCAGGGUAUCUACCUCAACUGCCACUGCUGGGAGUGCCGACGGUGUCUGCUUUCGGCACGUCCGGUGACGGCAACAAUCGCCCCGGAGUACCUCCGUUGCGUAUUUUCAAUCCGGAAGCUUACUGCGAUCUGUGCAACAAGGAGUUUUGCAACAAGUACUUCUUAAAGACGCAUAAAGCAAACAAACAUGGUAUCUAUGAACCAGCACCAGGCAAUGGCAGUUCGGAAGUCACGAGUUCUGCGCUGUCUGCCAUGAGUCACCCCUUCAAUUCGAUUCAUCAGCUGUCACAGGUGUUUCAGAUGCAGCAACAGCAACACUCUGGCGUCCCUAUCUCUAGUGAGCAGAUCGAGAAACUCUCCAGUCAUCACACCUCGGCGGCUGAUACAGAACGUAUGCAGCCUCAAACGAUGCUCCAUUCGCAACCACAAUCCAUUACUGCCAGCCAGCAAAAUCAAGCAAACGCCGGGAAGACCAUGCAACAGUUGCCGAUGCGUUCGGCUCAUUCACCUAAGGUUUCCGUGCCACCAAACCAAAUACAACCCACCGUCUUUUGCGACAUUUGUUUCAAAAAGUUCAGCAGUCUCAGCGCAAUGCGCAAGCAUCGCAGCAAGGCACACGAGCUGUCAAACAGUAAUCAUCAGAUGCAACAACAGCAGCAGCAGCAGCAGCAGCAACAACUACACCAGCAUCAACAACAGCAGCAGCAACAACUGCAACAGCAACUACAACAACAUCUGCAACAACAGUAUCACCAGCAGAUGCAGACGCAACAGCAGCAUGCGAAGCUCGCUGUCAACCGGCAAGAAGCGGCUGAAUCCGGAUUAGAUUCAUCAGCGGGCAUUGCAGGUGCUGGAGGAUCGUUGCAACUUCCCGACGGUUUCCGAGAGGACUACACGAUCGAGCAGGAGGAUGCCACAUUUACUCCGCAACCGCGCAAGCUAUCGCCACACUCGAUGCAGGCAGCCAAGGAGGCGAACUUCUCCGCUGACAAGCUGCGUCGCCUCGGAGUGGUCAACCCGGAGGCAUUCUGCGAGAUUUGUUGCAAGGAGUACUGUAACAAAUAUUUCCUGCGCACCCACAAACUCAAACGGCACGGUAUUCUGCCGACGCCGGAUGAGCUGAAGGACGAAGGUCGUCAGCCGUGGGCACCGUUCCUACAAACGAGCCCACUGAAUCUGAUAAUGGGUGGUACCGCGGCGGAUGUGAUGAGCGCACAGAUGGCGCUGCAGGCGGCUUCACCGUCCUCGCUGAGGAAGCUAAUGACCACCGACGAGUUGAGCAGUGAGCCGGUUGCGAUCGAAGGUGCUAAAGGAGUCGAAAUCAAGCGUGAACAGUCUCCGCCAGCCAAGAUGGACAAUGGAGGUGCUGAUUCGGAUGAUCAGCAACAGUCGGAUGGUGGAAUAGCAGGCCCAAGCAAUGGGGAUGAUGCUGCGCGCGACGCUGCUAGCGAUGAAGACGCCGAGGCGAUCAGCGUCGACUUGCAGAAGUUGCAAUCGAUGAUCAUGCAGCUGAACGAUCUGAACAGCAUCCAGCAGCAGCGUAAGGUGAGUUGUGGUGUGUGUGGUAAGGAUCAGGCUAACCAGUAUCUGCUACAUGCGCAUAUGAUACAAGAGCACGGCUCACUGGGUAUGGACAACAACAACGGCCCAAAAGGAUCGCGGGCUACAACUCCAAACGACCUGCCCGAAACGUGCAAGCACUGCGAUAAAGAGUUUGCCAACGUGUACAUGCUGAAACAGCAUCUUGUCGAGAUGCACGGAGGGAUGACGGGUAUGUCUAGCCCCAAACGCGAGGGUUUCGUCACUCCGGAGCGUCCAACAACUGUACCGUCGGGUGUUGGAAACGGUGCCGCGGGUGGUGGUGGCGGACCAGGCAGCAUCCCAAUGCCUCCCGGUGCGCCUGGAUACGGUGAACGUAAGCCAAGCUACUCGAUGACUCCAACCAGCAGCUACUGCGAGAUAUGCAACAAGGAACUGUGCAACAAGUACUUCAUGAAGACGCACAUGCAGCGUAUGCAUGGCAUUGAGAUUGAAAACGGUGCCCAGAUCGGUGGAGUCGUCUGCAACAUAUGCAACAAAGAGCUCUGCAGCAAGUACUUCCUACGCGUGCACAAGCACAACACGCACGGCAUCGUGGAGGAGGGUGCCCCACUGCCACAACCACGUCAAAACGGAUCAUCAGCGAUCGCCGGCGCCAGUGACAUGGGAGCAGGUGAGACGGGUGAUGGUAGUUCCUUCCCGGGCGGUGACCUCAAACCGGGAGAGGUUAGCGAUCUCAGCAAUCGCUACUACUCACACUUCACCGAGGUGUGUCCGCUGUGCAGUCGGCGAUUCCGUAGCGCCAAGUGGUUGCGGGCGCAUCUUUUGAGCGAUCACGGGAAGGUGGGCGUCGAGAAGCUCAAGGAUAUCGAGCAGAAGCUGGGCACGAACGUUCAAAACGGCGGUGGUUUAUUGGGAAACGGUGCCAAUUCAGGAGGCGGCAGUGGCAACAGCCGGAGCAAAUCUAACAGCCCAUCGCUGAAGGUGCCGAAUGGGUUGAAUGAGGGCAAGUACGGUUCCAAGUCACCGUUCGGAGGACUGAGCCCAGCCGAGGCGGCCAAGUUUCUUCCGAAAGGUGCCGCCAUUCCGACACUGUUCGGGACGGAUCAACCUCCCUCUCCGAUGGGUGGACUAAAAGGGUACCAGUGUUCGUACUGCUCAUUUGCCACCCCUCUUUUGCCGCUGCUCUUCAUACACGAGCGGUCACAUUCCAGCCUGACUAUCGUGCAGCAACAAUUGCUCCAGCAACAGCAGCACCACCAGCAGGAGGAAGCGCAAGCAGCGGCUGCAGCCGCUGCAGCAGCAGCCCUCGGAACAGCACCGUUCGUUCCGUUGCUCAAGUCCGAAUCGGCCGUCUCAUUGGCGAAAGACCAAUCUGCCAACCAGCUCAUGCCUGGCACUUCGUCUGAGACGCCCUCGUCGACGCCGGCAUCAACGCCUGUUCCCUCCCUGUCGCAGGAGGCGCUCAAUCUGCACCACCAGACCCGAUCCCAGAGCCCCGAACGGGCGGGAUCUCCGCGGGAUCAAGACCCACCAACCGCAAACACGAAACCUACCUCGCCAAAGCCAGCCUCUCCACCGUCGGCAACCGGAAAUGAACCAACAGCGAUGCUAUCCGAGGUGGCCAACAUUACCCAACGCCCGGCAGUGUACGCGUUGCCCCAGCAGAGUGGUCCACUGAUGAUGCAAUCCUUCCUGAUCGAGGAGUCACUCAGCGACGGUGCCGGGGGUCACGCGACACGCAAAGACUCCACCGACAAGGCGGAAGGGCCGCUAGGCCAGGAUCACAGGUUCGUACCAGCUGUUGUUUUCUUACCCGUUAAAGAGCGUAUCCUUACGCCGAUGACAAUAUCGUUCAAUCUGAGUCCCGCCUAGGGAGACCUCAGGAUAAACUGGAGCUUCCGAGCCCCGAUCUUAGCAGGCUCGUCUAGUCAAAUUUUCCGAGCGCGCCGACUGCAACCGAGCAGUGGCUGAAAUGGAUGACAUGAAAUCAAAAUGAAUCGCAAAGAAAAUCCGCAAAUACGUACGUAAAACUUAUCCCUUAAAGAAACCAAACCACAACUAACCUAUCGCAAAUGUAUGAUUAUGAAAGCUAGUGAAUGUAAAACGUAAAUUUAAUGUAGAAAUCAUACCGGCAGGAUUACGAUUCCUGUCUGGUGAACUAUCGAUUGGCAAGAAAGUAGCAGAAAGCAAGCAACCCAUUGCUUCAUUUCGAAAGACGCUUGUAGAGAAAUUCACACACAGUCUAAAGAGAGUGGGCAUCAAUCGUAACCUUCUACCUCAGGGUAACAUCCAAUGCGGUUUUGGAUACAAAAAAAAAAGAAAACGGAUAACUAAGUCCAGGAUAAAACCAACCUGCUGCACACUAGCCAACAGACGUUGGCGUUUUCAUUUGGAUUAAAGCGCAAGACUGAAUUAAAGAGAGUAAACUACAAACUGCAAAGAAUAUUUAAAGUCUCUGUGCCAUCUAUAAAUGUUCGGAAGGAUUCUUUUAACCGUAACCGUGUAACAAGCUUUUUACCAAACGCUCGUUUUUUAUCCGACGAUAAUUGCUCUAAACUACUGUAAAAUAAGGCGAAACCGUAGCACCAAAUCAUACCACAGUGAAAAUAAUAGGUGGCUUAAUUACAGUUGCAGAAGGUGUUGGGGGGAGGCAUGCAAGAAAGCUGCAGAAAAUGGACGAAGAUGCAAUGCUCUAGGUGUCGACAACUAAUCCAUGAAAAAUAAGGCAAAAUAAUCAAAAAGUAAAUCGUAGUGUAGUGUGCAUUUGGGAGUCGGUGAAGAUUUGAUGGCUUCAGGAGGGUGUAAGCUUUCGAACAGUAGGCUGGAUUCAUUGAGCGACGAUAAAGGGAAAAGGCUAACUUCUUCGUGUGAUGUUCUAACAAAGUUCCUAUUAUGAGUAAAACUGAAACAAUGACAAACAAUGUUGUAUUUCUUCGGGUAUGAUAGAUUUUUUUAGGGAAAAGUCUUAUUAUGGAUGGUGGUCACACGCCGAUUGCUGCGUCACAGAAGGUGAAACUAGCGAGGAAAAUCGAAGGUCUACAUAUAGGUGCGAUAAUGGAUGAUGAGUUCAAUUCAUUGAACGAAAGAUAGAUGUCGAUCAUUUGCGUGCUGUAUAUUAACUGUUUGCAACUUUAUGCAGCAAAGCGCAAAGCAUCGUAUCAUGCGAGGGAGCGACAUUUAUUAAAGUUUUAAGUUUUAGUUACGUAAUUACAAUCGCUUCUCAUUGUUUGACGUCUCGGUUUUGCAUAAGAGUAGCGCAAAAAACUCAAUAGAAUGACACAGUGCAGACUAACCAAACAGUGGGAUUUUCCGGUCAGAUAACAAACGAAUGUUUAAUGAGGUUCGAGGCAAUUCAUAAACGUUCGUACACUCACUCAGGGUAUUCGAUGGUACAAUGCAAACCGUUAGCACAUUAAC